AUGAAUGCAAGAAUGUCAUCGAUGGAUUGGUUAGAUUAUUUUACACCAGUGAAUUUUGCAUCAACAAAACUAAUUGACGAUAAUGAACCUUAUGGAAAUUGUCGUCUAUUACGAGAUGAUUGUAAUGAUGAACAACUUAAUAAAGCAAAAUGGGCAUGGACUAUAAGUCAACAAACAACGAAAAAAUAUUGUAGUGAAUUGGGUCGUACAUUUCAAGUUGAUAUACCUAAUCAACGUUUCUUUGUCGUACAUGAACCAUUUAUAAAUAACGCGAGAUCAAAAUCUAUACCUUUGCUGAUUUUUUAUCAUGGUCUAAAUUCAUGCGCUUGGUAUUGUGCACUUGUGCGAACUGGAUGGCUACAAUUAUCUGCUAAAUACAAGUUUUUAGUCGUUUUUGGUCAAGGACAAGGUACUUUUUAUGAAUGUGGACCUCAACGUAAUCAAUAUGGUCAUCUUGGUUUUGGUGAUUUAUAUUGGGAAAUAGAACAACCUAAAGAUGAUUUUGAUUACCUUGACUGUCUAUUAAAUUAUAUAAAGAAUAAAUAUGAAGAUCUAUUGGAUACAGAUCGCAUCUAUUUUAUGGGCUAUUCUAAUGGAGCUUUGUUUAGUUCAAAUGUUGCUGUGCAUUAUGGUGGACAAACAUUUGCUGCUCUUUGUAACCAUUGUGGUGGUUUUGGUGGUCAGUAUAAUGAAGAAAAAAUGUUACAACCUAGAGAUAUUAUUGCUCCAUUACCAAUUUAUAUUCUAACCGGUACUGAUGAUGCUUACAAGGAAAGUUGUCUAAAAGCAAAGAAUUUGUUCGAAAUGGCACAUUGUUCAGUAACUAUCGAUAUAUUGGAAAAUAAAGGACAUUCUUAUUAUAUUGACAAGGAAGAAUUCAUUUGGACUCAAUUUUUUCUUAAGUAUCAAUGUUCGAAACUACACGAUUAA